AUGCUUGACUCCAGAUGUUGGGCUUUUCCUCUAUGUGGAGGCAGUCCCUCUCACUGGGUUCUGGGCUGGGUAGACUGGUCAGCCCAUGAAAUAGGUUUCUUUGAUAGCUUGGGAAUCCAUCCUACUUGGGCUCAAAAAAAUUUGCAGCAUGCUGCUGCUGGCCUAGAGCAUUGGCUAAAAUAUGAAACAUAUCCAGAGAUCAAAUCAUUUGAACACAGAUUCAAAGACUGGAAGAUUGUUCAUCACACUCCACCAGAUGAUCAAAAACAAAAAGAUAGCUGGUCUUGUGGUCUAUUUGUCAUGAUGGCCAUGGAUGGACUCUCAAAUCUGAAUUUCUCACAUGUACACAGAUCCAACUUGGAAUUCACAAAAGCAUUUGCAUUGAAGACCAUCAUGAAAGUCAGCCCAGUCAUACAGCAGCGCCGUUCUAGAAAAGACCGUGUUCCACCUGCAUCAGUUGAUCAUGCUGAAUCCUCUUCUUCAUCUUUUAUCAAUAUUGCCCAAAACAAUUUUGUCUCAAAGAUUUCUGGAGGUGAAGAGGUUCAGAAGGUGUUGGAUAUCAUCUUACAUGCUAAAAAUCUGAUUGUCAUCUGUGGUCCAGAAGUAUCUGUUCCUGCUGCAUCUGAAUUUCCAAUUCAUCCUUUUGAAUCACUGCUUCCCAUAAUAUGGCAGGAACCCACCAAGUCAUCAUUAGUGUUCCAGACCAUGAUGCACCAUCUAAAGAGAACACCCAUCAAAAACCUACUUUAUCAAGCUAUUCACUCUCUAGACCGCCGUGGCAAUCUUUUGAGAGUCUACACUCAAAAUAUUGAUGCCAUGGAAAAAAACACUGGACUGCUAUCCUUUGGAGUUCCCAAGUCAUUUCAGAUAGGGACACCUGAUUGUCCAAGAUGCAUUCCAUUGCUAGGACGUCUGGACCAGAUGUCUUGCACUUCUUGUGACAAUGUGGCACCAUCAGCCAUAUUUUUGGAUCAGUCUCUCUCAGAUGGACUUCCUAUAUGCACUGACUGUCCAACAUUCACCCAUAGUUUUGGACAUCAUGGCAUCAGACGUCCAAAUAUUGUGGUUUGUAAAGAGGAGCAGCCAAAUUUAAAUUCAGUUCUAGCUCAUGAUGAGAAUCUUGUGGAUGUAGUGUUGGCUGUGGGUGUUCAUCCUAUUCCUCACUCCAACCUUUCUGGUAUCACCAAACAAAUCACCCAAGCUGCACAUUCCAGAGCUCAGGAAGGAAUUCCUACCUCUAUCCUGCUAAAUCUGGAUACAUCUGCUUUGGAGAGAACUGGAAUUCAAGAUCUCUUCCAAGUAUCUUUGGCCCUAGACUUGCAAGAGUUUUUUGGAAGCAUUAUUCUUGCUGCCCAUCAAGAUGCCAUUCAUAAUCCUGCCAGCAAUACUAUGCUAAUACCCAAGAGCCUGGUGCUUAAUGAGGAAGGAAAGGAAGAGGAAGGUGAUGGUGAAGAUGAUGAUGGUAAUAACCACAAAUUAUUGCUGACUCUGACACCUUGGUAUUUUCCUGAUUUUUAG